AUGGCGUCGGGUGCAGCAGCAAUGCGUGACCGUAAGGUAAAACCACAAUGGAAGCGGACUAGGCGUAUUAUGGCUUUGGUGCCUCCUGCAUGCGCCCCUUCUGAUAGUAGCAAUACUUCAGAAGAUGAAGACCAGGUUCCUAAAUUACUAGAACACGUUGAGGCGAAUGACUUAUCUGAUUUUAGUUCCGAGCCAAAAUCAAUAGAGUCUUCUUUAGAAAGGUUAAAUAUCCUGGACGAUCUAUCUGAUAAAGACCUAAUAGUGGAUCAAACAAAUUUAUAUGCUGUACAAUGUGGAGGGGGGCAAGCGAAAGGCAUAAAUAUAUCCAAAAAUGAUAUUCGUGACUUUCUCGGCAUAACCAUUUUAAUGGGAGUAGUGAAAAUGCCAUCUUACAGGGACUAUUGGAGUCAAACGUUAAGACAUGCACCUAUUGCCGAUGUCAUGCCCCUGAAAAAGUAUGAAAAAAUUAGAAAAUACCUCCAUUUUUCGAAUAAUAUCGAUGCAAAUGAUGAUCGUUACUUUAAAAUACGUCCCAUCCUCGAGAAAAUAAGACAAACCUGCCUAUUAGUUAAAGAAGAAGGAAGGUACCGCAUCGAUGAAAUGAUGGUACCCUAUAAGGGCACUAGGGCAGGCAGCCGCCGGCAGUAUCUGCCAAAAAAACCCAAAAAAUGGGGCUUCAAAAUGUUUAUACGAGCAGGAGUUUCGGGGCUAGUAUAUGAUUUUUUGCCCUAUGGUGAUGACAAUACUUUUAGGGGCGUGUCAUUUAACGAGUAUGAAAACAGCCUUGGCUUAGGGGCUUAA